AUGAACAAGAUCGCUAAUUUGGCUAAUGCGUGGAAACCGGAGAUAGAAGAUGGAAAAGAGAAGAGAGUUGGGUAUUCUACGUCUGGAUUAAAAUUCUUAAUUCGUUAUUCCGAAUAUCAUAGCUACUCACUACUUCAAACUCUAUACUUUUUCACUUUCAAUUUUAUAAAUGAAAUAAUCUACUCACUACUCAUUAGGCCUCAUUUUUCGCCUCGGUUAUUUGCAACUCACAUCCCUUAUGAGCUGUUACCGAAGUCUAUGGCAACUUCUGGCUCCAAGUUUGUGUACAUUUGUCGCGAGCCUAAAGAUGUGCUCAUUUCGACGUGGUUGUUCAUGAACAAACUUAGGCCUAAAAAUCUAUUGCCACUCUCACUUCAUGAAGCUUUUCGGUUGUUUUGUGAAGGAGGUUCGCAUUAUGGACCGUAUUGGGACCAUGUGCUGGGGUACUGGAAAGCUAGCUUAGAGUUUCCUGAUAAUGUGACUUUUAUGAAGUAUGAGGAUAUGAAGAAAGAGCCUCUGUUUAGUCUCAAAAAAUUGGCUGCAUUUUUGGGGAAGCCCUUUUCGGAAAAAGAAGAAAAACAAGGGGUGGUUCAAGAAAUACUGCAGCUAUGCAGUUUUGAUAAUCUGAGCAAUUUAGAGGUGAACAAGACGGGGAUUCUGCGUUAUAGCUCUCAGAUUUUUGUGAACAACUCUUAUUUCUUCAGAAAAGGCGAGGUGGGGGAUUGGCAGAAUUAUUUAACGGAUGAGAUGGUUAAACAUCUGGACUCGAUUACUAAGCACAAGCUAAAGGGUUCUGGACUCACAUUUGGUUCACCAGAUUAUUAACCUGAAAUCAUAUCUGUAAUUUCCUUGUUAUGUCAAUGUAAUAGCUAAUGGCUUCUAAUUUAUCACUCUUCCGUGCUUAUCUAUCCGUUUCUAGGAACCAUAUAUUAUAUCAGCUUCGUCGUGUUCAAGAAAAUGAUCAGUAUAAUCUACUAUGUGAAAGGCACUUGAUUAGG